CGCCGCUGACCAAUAUAACCGCUGACUUCUCAUCCGGGUCUUCGAAAAACUCAUAAAAAAAUGGCGACCGAACUCAAAAUCUGAGUGGAAAACUGAUUUUUUUUUCGGAUUUUCAGAUGACUCUUCGAAGCAGAUAACAUAAGAAUAGUACAAUGGCUUCUGCGUCGGGAUGUGAGCAUUAUAAAAGGCGAUGCGCAUUUGUGACCCCGUGUUGCAAUAAUAUCUACGCCUGUCGCAUUUGCCAUGACGAGAAAGAGAACCAUCAGUUGGAUCGCAAGUCGGUGCAAAGUGUGAAAUGUUUACAGUGUAAUAACAUCCAAGAUGUAGCCUCUAGCUGCGAAGAAUGCGAGACCAAGUUCGGGCGAUACUUUUGCGAGAUAUGUCGUUUGUUUGACGAUCAAGAAAAGGGGCAGUUCCACUGCGAUGCUUGUGGAAUAUGUCGAAUUGGCGGUCGGAAGAACUUCUACCACUGUCCCCGCUGUGAUAUUUGCCUGGGCGUCGGUCUGAAAGACUCACAUAAAUGUGUUGAUAAAUCGGCACGUAAUGACUGCCCUGUUUGCUUAGAGGAUAUCCACACGUCGCGCAUAUCAGCCAACAUGUCCCCUUGCGGCCACAUGAUUCACAGCACGUGUAUGUCCAAGUUGCUGGCUUCAGGUCUGUAUAUGUGCCCUCUAUGUAAAGGCUCCAUGGUGAACAUGAGUAGCAUGUGGAAGCAAAUGGAUCGUGAGAUUGGACGGACGCCCAUGCCAGAAGAGUACCACAAUGUGAAAGUCACAGUUUUAUGCUGUGACUGUCACAAGAAGAGUAAAGUCAAGUUCCAUGUACUUGGUGCAAAGUGCUCUCACUGUGGGUCUUAUAAUACCAGCAGGGAGGGGAUAGAGGGGCUCCCUGAAGACUUGGCUGGUGGGGCUACUGGGGGAGGGGAGACUGAAAUAGAGGAUGCCGCUAUGGACGAAGGUGAUCCUGAUGGUGGUUCAAUUGAGCAUCAAGUGAGGCUAGUGCAGCGAGCGGUGGAGGAUGUGUCGGCAUCUGUUGCAGACAUCAGGCUUGAGGUGGACGAGGGAAUUCCCCCUAAUGAUCUACCCCUGGACUGAUUCCCUAAUGUUCUACUCCAAUUGCAAUCAGGCAACUAGGACUAUUGGUCAGGAAUUAGGGAAUUUGUAUAAAGGAAUGCACGUUCUUCAAUACGAAUCAAAGAUGUAGGAAAAAUCCAGGCUUAGAUGCCACUUUUUUAUGCUUUAUAUUCUUUCUCCAUAAGAUCUAUCAUAGCUAUAUUUUUUUUAUGAUUAUCUCUUACAGCACAACGGGUAUAACCAUGAGCAGUAGAAAUGUGUAUGGAAUGUUUGCUCUAACCUGCUAAAUGUUCAAGAAAUUUGAGUCUUAAUUCUCUACACGAUGACUAUAAACAUUUCACACAUACUUUCGGGUGUUCAUGGUUUUGCUAGUCAGGCUCUAAAUUCUUAUGAACUGCAAGGUGAUGCAGAUUUCUGUUGUUGUUUUUUAAAGGUCUUUUUAAAGAUAUUAGAUAUAAAAUUGUGGCUUCUAGCAAUUUUUCACCUUUCUGAUUUUAUUUAUUUUUCAUUUCAAGGAAUAUAAGUCGUAUCAAUUUUUUUAGAGUAGGUCUAUGGAUAUGUGCCAUCUAUUUUUUUUUAAGUUUAUAGUGUAUAAAUAAGUUUAUUAACUUAAUAUAAGUAAUAUUGAUGUUUGAUUUUCAAUAAAGCAUUUAGCCUACUUGUAGGCUUUGAUAGUUUUUCUGGCACGGGAAAACCCCACGGCUACCAUCUUGGACAUCCAAGAUGGCGGCCAUGGUAUGCGAACUUUGUGUUUUGGGGGUUUUGUGCCGGAAAAAACUAUUGAGAUUAUCCAAGAUGGCGUCCAUGGUAUGCAAACUUCGGGGUUUCGUGUCGGAAAACUAUCAAAUCCUACAAGUAGACUAUAAAGCAUUUUAA